AUGGCAACAUCAAAUGAAUCUAUUGAACAUGAUGAUGACAAUACAUCAUCAGUUGCUAGGAGUUCCAAAUUAUAUCAUAAUACAAAAGUGCAUCCCAUACAAAUGGACCAGGAUGGCCAUUCAUCAACACAGCUACGACAAGCAUCUCAACGAUCUGCAUCCCCAGUCGAUCUUGUGUCAACAUCAGCAGUACCGAAGUCUACCAGUGUCGAUGAAUUGAAGGCAUCGUCUGAAAGAAAUUCUCGCAUGCAACCGCCAAAUAAUCAGCAUUCUUCACAUUCUUCAUCUUCGAAAAAAGAGAUAUUAAUUUACAUACAGGAUCUUCCGUCGGAUUUACCUCAACAGGAGCUUGAACACAAGUUACAAGAUAUCCUACGGAGAAAUCGUAUUCAUGUCGUUAAAGUUGAAUGCCACUUGGCACUCGGAAUAGCUGUUGUUCUACUAACAAAUGAGGAAGAUCAGAAAUAUCUUAUUACGGAUAUAGAGUCGGCAGUUUUCGACAAGAAACAAAACACAAUCAUAUCGUUUGUCGAUGACAUUGAGCUCACAUCUUAUAUCGUAAUUGAUAAAAAAACUUCAGAAAUUCCAUCUACUGAAAAAAUUGCACGCCGAUGGAUGCAAGUAUGCAAAACAAACGAAGUGCCAACAAUUGAAUCGAUAUCUGGCGAGUUUCCCAACAUAAUGCGUGUUGUUCCAAAAACACUCGAUGAACUCAUCCGAGCAGCUGAUGUGUCGGUGUUCAGUAUUGAUGCUGUAUUCGCUACUAUCUAUGUACGUGCAGAUUGCAGUUUUCUUGAAUACUUGCCCGCCAAUAUAACCGAUGACAAAAUUUCGAAAGUAAUCUCUGAUGAAUUAGGAUUAUGUAAAUUUUCGGCAUCUUCACUUUAUGUACAAUGCAACAAGAUGACAGGAAAUGCUGCUAUCUUAACUACACAAGCAGCAAACCAAUGGGUGAAACAUAGUUGUAUAAAGAUCGACGACCAGAUGAUAUCAAAAAAGGUAAGGCUAGCUUAUCGCAUUCUUGUUUCGCCUGUACCUCGUGACUACAACAUAGCUGAUAUUACAAAACAUGCCCUAUUUAGCAAACACAUUGUCAACAAAAAGCAUAUCAAUAAUAGUCUCAUUAUUGAGUUCGAUGAUAAAGAAGCAUAUGAGCACUGUUUGUCAAUUGGAGCUUUUCGCAUAGGUGAAAAUAUGAUGAAGAUUGCGCCACACACUGUUGUCAGUGAUCCAGAUAGUUGUGAUAUCAAUGCUGAAAAUUGGUAUGAAACAGUAAUGCUCGAUCAUAAGCCAAAUAUAAUGGAAUUCAUUGGGAAUCCUCAACAUCCAAUAUUUCAUUACAAAUGGAAUGCCGAUAAUUGGAUUCAACAAUUCAACAAGCCCACGGAUAUUGAUCAGUAUUCGGGUAACUUCGAUGUUAAAAGACAUUUAUUGAGAGUAACCGUAAUGUUAAAUACUAUAAGCAUUGUCAAAAAGAAAAGCUAUACAGUUAACAAUAAAGAAGUCAUAUUGAAAUCUGAACGUUUGAAAACUAUUCUUUAUGAUCACAAAUCGAAAUUAUCAAAUGAGAAAAAGGUUCCACUUACAGCAAUAAAUUUAUCUUAUCCAUCGACAUCUGUAAAAGUCAUCGAUGAAGAUUGUCUCAUCAUUUAUCAGAAACUAGCUUCAGAAGGAUAUCGACCAUUACUAUUAAAUAUGGCUAAUGCAACUAGUCCUGGUGGUGGUUAUCGAAAAGGUGAUGGAGCACAAGAAGAAAAUCUUUUUCGUCGUUCCGACUAUUACCAAAGUCUUGAUUCAGAAGUUGCAGAUUCAAAUCGAUGCGAACGAUUUUAUUGUACAGAUAAGUGUGCAAUGAAACCUGUAGCUUCUUAUGCUUCACUCUAUCCUAUGGAAGAAUUCGGUGCUAUUUACACAUCUGGUAUUACAGUAUUUCGUCAAACAGAAUCCAAGGGUUAUGCUUAUAUGGAUGAACCACUUUACAAUGUUUGUUCAAUCGCUAUGGCUGCUUAUCGAGAACCUGAGUUAAGAAAUAAUAAUACUAUUCUUGCCAAUAAAUAUGCAGCCGGUACAUAUAAGAAAAUUGAGAAUAUUUUUGCUAUUGCUCAUCAUCAUAAACAUGAUUGUCUUGUUCUAUCGGCUCUUGGUUGUGGUGCAUUCAAGAACCCUCCAAAACAUGUAGCUUCACUUUUCAAAGCUGUUAUCCAAAAAUAUGCAGGCUUCUUUAAAAUGAUAUGUUUUGCCAUUGUCGAUGAUCAUAACACAGGCCAUAGAAUCAAUCCAGAUGGUAACUUGCUUCCAUUUCAAGAGAUUCUCGAUAAUUUAAUUGUUCAACCAUCAGAAACAAUUCGUAAUAAUGUAGCAAGAGGACCGAAUAUUAUUCUGAACAAAUCAACUGAUAAUCAACUAACAUUGAGCAGUGUUGCCAUUUUGGACCGUAUGCCAUGCUAUCAUGGUGCCAAAUGUGCUGAGCUUAAAAAUGCUCAACAUAAUGAGUCUUGUUCACACCCAUCUAUGUGCUUCUAUUCUGGAAAAACAUUAUCUUGUGAUCAAAUGAAUGAUGAAACACACCUAUAUUGUUUUGUUCAUAAUGUGAAGUGUAAAUAUGGUGGUGAAUGUAACAAUAAUGAUCCAACACAUCUAAGUGAGUUUGAUCAUCCGGACCUUUGCAAAGCAGAAGGUUACUGUACUGAUACACAUCCAGAUCAUUUGCUCGCCUAUCGACAUUUACCACUCUGUAAAGAUUCGAUCAAGUGCAUGAAGUACUUAAAAAGCGAUAAAGAUCAUUGUAAAAAAUGUCGUCAUUGCAAAUUAGAUUGUCCAUUUGAUAACUGUUGUGUUAAUUUUCAUGAUAGAGAACAUAUUGAAAAUGCCAUUCAUUCGUUUCGAACACCGUGCCCUUUCACACCUUACAAUUGUCGUUUUCAUGUAGAAUACGUACUAAAACCCAAUGGCCAUGUAUCUCAAGAAGCAGAAGUUCAUUGUCUUAAAUUUUCUCACGUUUGUUCUUUUGGUCAACAAUGUUACAUAACAGCAGAGAACCAUUUAGAGACAUCAAUUCAUAUUGCACGUCAGCUUUGUCCGGAUCGCGAGAAAUGUUUAAAACUCGGCCAAGAAGAUCAUUUGGAGACAUUUUCUCAUCCAAAUAUUCGUGAUAUUCGUUUUCUAUGUAAGGUUCCAGGUUUCAAAUGUCGAGACAGACAUGAUGAUUCUCAUUUGAAAAAAUUUCGACAUAGUAGAGAUCACCAUCAUGUGAGUGUCGCCAAAUUUAGUGGAUUUAACACAACAGUAGAUUUUGUUCACAAUCAAAGUCAACUCAUUCGUACAGUGAAUAAUUUUGCCAAAACAUCGAAUUGGAAACAGGCCAAACCAUCCAGAGAAAUACUCGAUUGGAUAAGAGCUUUGCAACCUGUACAUCGGUGUAGAAAAGAUAUAUUUGAAUCGAUACUUGUUCACGGUCAUGUUAUGAGUCGACACUAUAUGAGUUUACUCAAGAUACCAAAAAAUGUUGCCAAUGCAGUUCAACAGCACAGCGAAGUGCGUCAGAUAUUUCUUCAUCAGGACAAUCCAGCAUUGGAACAACUCGCAUGUGAACUUAUUGAAGCACUUGUUGAAGCUGAAUUCCAAAAAGCGGGAGAUAAGGCAUCUGGGGGUGCACCAACUACUACAACAGGAUCAAGUCACGAUCCUGAAUCCCAGUACCGAAUCACUGUGCUUGAAAAAAAAUUGAAUCUAUCUCUUAAGGAAAAUGAAAUGGGAACUCUCCGUCGUGUUUCGAAAAGUAUUGCCGAAGCAUCCAUCAAAUUAACUUCUAAUCCCAUGGGCAUAGGUUACAAUGUGGAUCAGACAUUAGGUACCGAUAAACAGAUUUUCAGCAUUUUAGGACCACACUGUGGUUAUUAUUACGGAGAAAUAGUUAUUAUCUUCAAAAGAGAAAUCAUGCUUCACCCAGACACCAAUUUUUCAAUUCAGGCUGCCACUUCUUUUGGUCCAAGUGCCAGUGCCUAUCAGCAUCGUCCAUGGUUAACAAAUCCCAAUGAUGCUAAUAAAAGUGUUCAAAAUUUCCAUGCUUCCAAAUUACAUUGUUCUGUCCCACUCCAUGAAUAUGCAGCCGCCACAGAGCUCAUAGCCUUGACAGGUCUGGAUAAGAACACGAUGGAUGUUGAUCUAAAUGCUGUGAUAGAACGUUGGAUGCGUGUUGAUUCACAUGAAGUUUUCGAAAGUCACUUACCACAACUUAUUCCAUUGGACUACAUUGAUGCAGUGUAUAUACCAAAAAAUUUAUUCGAAUCCCUUAAUUCUCAAGCUCAGAAGUUAGCAAAGAACAUUUUUGGUAACUCAAUCUAUAUUACUGAACAUAUAAUUGAUCUCAAUUCGACUAAGCCAACAGUAGAUGCAGCUCGCUUGACCUAUGAGAAAUUUGUGCAUGGAGAAAUUCAUCAAAAGAUUAACAAAAAGAUUCAAACACCACAUACCCAACGCGGUACAGUGAUUACAGUUGCUUCUUCAAAAUUCGUAGAACAAAUUGUACUACCGAUCACAAUAUCACAGUCAUAUAGUUUAUAUUGUCUUGAGAAAAAACCAUCUGAUAAUGCAGACUUCACCUAUAUUUAUUGGCAAGCAAUGCAUGGAGAUAUGAUGUUGACAAUAUCAAAUGAAAGGAUAGAACCUCGUAAAGAUCAACCGAAUCUUCACUGUCUUGUUUGUUAUGUUGCUAAAGAGCCAUCAUUUACGUCAGAAGACUAUUACGAAGCCUAUUCGUACUUGAAUGAUGGCCAUCCAUAUCAGCAUGAUGCCAAUGUCCCCAAGGCUCGAUUCAAGGUUAAAUCAAAUUCAUUUUAUCGUGGCUGUAAAAUGGAUGAUUUUUAUACAUUUUGUUUGGAAAUCAGUCGAAAAACAGGCAAAGUGGUACUUUCACAUGCUGGUCCGAAUAGCAUAUACAAUCAUGAAAAAAUUGAAUAUCAAUUUGACAAAAAAGUGCUAGAUUUAUCGAGAAUCGAUUACAUUCAUAUUAGUGCCGGUACUCAAGAUGUUCCCAUACGAAAUCUGACGAUUAAUCAUGAGCGAAUAUCAGAAUUGCAUCCAUCAUUUGAUAAACAUUUUAAGAAAGAUACAUCUGUUUUAUUACAAAAAACACAUGGAACUGUUGUUCGAAGUGUUCAUAUUCCCACUACUGUUGAUUCUCAUGGUGCUUCUAAUGCCAAUAGAGGUGCCCAUAAUAAUAAACCGGUUGUUCAGAUUAAUAAUACAGAUGCUCAUGGCUAUAGGCCAGAUGUUCUUACUAAACAAACAGAUUCAUCGCAUUUAUCUGAUACCAAACCGAAAUCAUCUUGGUUUGGCCGAGCAAUAGAUAAAGUUUUUUGUCGGAGCACAGAUGUAACCAAUCCAAGUUCGUUGGUUUCCAACGGCAUUGCGCCACAAACCAGACCAUCGUCAUUGAUUCCGUGUCAUGAUUCGGUUUACUGUCUUCGCCAGAAUGACCAAACACAUAUGGAAAAAUAUUCUCAUCCUUGCCGUUUUUCUGAACUAUGUCGAAAUCAGGCCAAAGAACCUCAUCUAGCUCAUGAAUUUCACAAAGUACCAAAAUGUUCUGACGAUGAAAAUUGUCAAGAAAGAACGGAUCCUGUUCAUCGCGCACGCUAUCGUCAUACAGGUCUACCUGAUUACUUGGUACCAUGUCAUUAUCAGAGUCAGUGUCGUACUAAAACUUCAGAACAUCGUAUGAAAUAUUUUCAUGGUGAAAACGUGGGAAUAAAGAAAGGUUAG